AUGGCUGGUAAUUAUGAUAACGAACAGCAAAGAAUGAUUGACAGAAUCAGGUGCAUUGCUUUUCGUGAAGAUCGUGACGCUGGUGCGACAUUUAUCAAUCGACAAUGGGUAGCAGAAAAAGUUAAUCGUACUACUCGAUUUGUCACAGAAUGUCAAGAUACUCUUCUUAGUGCAAGUGGUAAACAACGAAAAAGUAGUUCUGUUGUGGCAAAAGAAAUUGCUGAAAAACACGGAGAAUACUUGACUCCAAGAACAAUUAGUGAUUAUCGUCACAGAGAAGGACUAAAGCCAUUCCAUGUCAUUUCGAAACGACUAAAAACAGAAACUCAUAUAUUAGAUCGAUUAUGGCUGUGUGAUUGGUUAAAGGAUUGGGUCAAGGAAGACUUUCUCCAUCUUGCACCAUCAGAUGGAUGUUACGUCUGGACCGUCCUUAGACCAAAUUAUCAAAAUGAUCGAAUCUGGCCAAGAAGUAUCGAAGACAUCGCACAGGAUGACAGGUAUCGUGAAAUGGUCAGGCAUCAAGCAUACAUUGGAAUUUUUGUUAUGUUUACCUGUAAAAGAUUAAUCUGGGUGAUCAAAGAUAAAGGUGAAUCAUGGACUGGUGAAUAUUUUCGAGGUGUAAUUUUAACACAGAAUUUACAUUUGUUUCAAGAUAACGACGUUAACUUUUGGGGCAAUGAUAUCUGGCUUGGAAAUUCGCGGGAUCUCAAUGUGGCAGAACACAUUGGAUCAAUAAUCAAAGAUGAAGUUGAAAAGAAAAUGCUGUCCGAAGCUGGCAACGAUCGUUAUCUUGGGGCAACACUCAAGAUACAUAUCGAAGAUGUUUUAACAAACAUGGAAGAAGAUACAGAACUAUUUGAAACUCUUCUAUGUUCGUAUCCAUUUCGGCUACGUGCNAAUGAUAUCUGGCUUGGAAAUUCGCGGGAUCUCAAUGUGGCGGAACACAUUGGAUCAAUAAUCAAAGAUGAAGUUGAAAAGAAAAUGCUGUCCGAAGCUGGCAACGAUCGUUAUCUUGGGGCAACACUCAAGAUACAUAUCGAAGAUGUUUUAACAAACAUGGAAGAAGAUAUAGAAUUAUUUGAAACUCUUCUAUGUUCGUAUCCAUUUCGGCUACGUGCGCGUUACCCACCUAGAAUAGUAUUAUUCCCAACCCUGUAUUCAAAAGCGAGAAUUUUCUGUUAUUUUCAAUUUGAGUCUUUAUCACCUUUAAUUGACUCAGGAUCAAAUCUAAUCAAUGCCAUCAAUUCAGGUGGAAUCCAAACAACUGGACAAGUGAAUCAAGGAAUAAAAUUCUCAUCCCCAUCGUCAUAUGUGACAAUUGAAGGAGGUAAUUUUUUCAAUAUGUUGAAUACUCCAUUCACAAUUUCCAUAUGGAUUAAACCAAUGAGUUUUACUGGUGCUGGUGGUGGAACAUUUCUUCACACAUCAACUCAAUCUGAUGGUGAACAUAUCUUAUCGUUUCGCAAAUGGUUUUCAUUUGUUUUUCCUUGUGGGAAUUUUCUUUGA